UCUUAUGUCGCCUUUCCAUUGUUCAUAACUGGAGUGAGCCGAGGCGGCAUUUCACAUUUACUCUCAUUGUAACCCGUUUGUUGGAGAAAUAAGGAGGCAACGACACUGGAAAGACGGAAACAGCGCGGAACUCGAGAUCAUCUCAGAAUAUACACAAACGGAUUUUCUCUCAGGGUUCGGUGUCUUAAUUAGAUCGGGGAAAUAUGAUGGACGACGAGCAGCCCAAGACCCUGUAUGUUGGAAACUUGUCACGCGACGUGACAGAAGCUCUUAUUGUACAGCUCUUUGGUCAAAUUGGCCCCUGCAAGAGCUGUAAAAUGAUUGUGGAUACUGCAGGUAAUGAUCCAUACUGCUUCGUGGAGUUCUUUGAGCACAGACACGCUGCUUCCUCCCUUGCAGCCAUGAAUGGACGUAAAAUAAUGGGUAAGGAGGUAAAGGUCAACUGGGCUACCUCACCAAGCAGUCAGAAAAAAGACACAAGCAAUCACUUUCACGUCUUUGUUGGAGACCUCAGCCCAGAAAUCACCACUGAUGACAUCAGAGCCGCCUUUGCACCUUUUGGGCGGAUAUCGGAUGCUCGUGUUGUAAAAGAUAUGGCAACAGGCAAAUCUAAAGGCUAUGGAUUUGUCUCGUUCUUUAACAAAUGGGAUGCUGAAAAUGCCAUUCAACAGAUGGGAGGUCAGUGGUUGGGCGGCAGGCAGAUCAGGACUAACUGGGCCACAAGAAAACCCCCAGCACCCAAAUCCACCUAUGAAACAACAAACACCAAGCACUUGUCAUUUGAUGAGGUAGUGAAUCAGUCCAGCCCCAGCAACUGCACAGUUUACUGUGGUGGGGUCAGUACAGGCCUUACAGAACAACUCAUGAGACAGACCUUUUCUCCCUUUGGCCAAAUAAUGGAGGUUCGAGUGUUUCCAGACAAAGGCUACUCAUUUGUGAGGUUCAGCUCGCAUGAAAGUGCAGCUCAUGCAAUAGUAUCUGUUAAUGGCACGUCUGUAGAGGGUCACCUGGUGAAAUGUUACUGGGGUAAAGAGACCACGGACAUGAUGAGCCCCAUACAGCAGGUCCAGGUACCCCAGCAGAACAAAGUUGGCUUUGCUGCACAGCCGUAUGGUCAGUGGGGACAGUGGUACGGCAACGCACAACAGAUUAGCCAGUAUGUCCCGAACGGCUGGCAGGUACCUACUUACGGCGUGUACGGGCAAGCCUGGAACCAGCAGGGCUUCAAUCAUUUACAGGCCGGGGCUGGGUGGACCGGUGUUGGCGCAGUGAGUAACGGAGGUGUGGUGGAGCCGGCACAGGGAGUCAACGGGACCAUGCUAGCCAACCAGUCCAGCAUGGGCACUGCAGGAUACCACACACACUGAUGCGGCAAUGGACAACUCCAGUCCUCCACUGCAGCUUCAGCAGGGAUUUACACACAACCUCCCCCACUAAGCCUGGUCUGGGGAGGUAGUGUGCCAUAUUUGACCCUCUCCACCUGUAAACUUGGUCAUUUGGGUGGACUAUGAGGCUAAUCUUGUCAUUGUUUGGCCUUGAGUUGGAUUAAACGCACCCUGAUACACAAACACACAUUCGGACACAUUUAACACGCACCCACGUAAAUCCAUAAGUCUUCGGCCUGGUCUCCGACUGACUUAAUUGGAAUGGACUAUGCCAUUUUUAAGUCAAAGUACUAUAAUCGAAUAAAAUCAACAAUAACUGCAUCUUUUCCAUUUUGCUUUUUUUUUUGGUUUGUUAGAGCGAUUUCAGCUGCUGAUUUUGUAAUAUAUGAUGCUUUGCCUUUUCUUUUUUGGACUUGCCAUUUUAAAAGCAACAUUGUUUUCUUGAGAGGAGCGAUGACACCAUUGAGUUGUUUGAAAUGUCAACUUUUUUUUUUGUUUGUUUAUAAAAUUAAUAAAAUGGAUGUCAACUGUUGUAUUUUUUAAUUAGACAUUCAAUUUCUCAAACUAAACCAAUUGCAGGGAUGACUGCCACAUUUUUUUAAAAGGCAGAUAAAUAUUGCACAAUAUUAAUACGUUUUCAAAACAAAUUUGAUGUUACGCAAAUUUUAGGUAUUUUUAAUUGUUUUGCAUUCCACUUUUUUUGAGGGCGUAUAAGUACAAUAUACCUUUCUGUAUGUAAAUAACCAGACAACUGUGUUCAACUGUUGGGACGCUAUAUAAACUCAGAUGUUGAUUAUGGUUGCUUGCUUGCUUGCUUCUUUUGUAGGUAGGUUGGUGGGUGGGUGGGCAGAGGGGUUUGGGCUUCAACUGAAUUAUACUUUGACAUCACAGCUCUGUUAAACGCUGGUCCAUGUGGUUCUUAAAGUUUCUCCAAGGGAAUCUCUUGUGGAAGAACUUUCCUCAUUGCAAUGCAGUGCGAAGAUCCAGAACAUUUUGCUAGACUUAUAAUUCUGUGUAUAAAAUCUAAAUAUCAACUUUUUAAUUAUUUAGUAUUAUGACAUGACAGAAUGGAUCAGAAUUUUGCACUGUUGCCCAUGGGAGUGUCAAUAGUUGAGACUGGUUGUGUUGCCUUAUUUUGAGUUGAUUUCAUACGAGUAAACUGAUGAAACAUAGGCAGUGCCUAUUAAUAAGUUGAGAGCUUUUGUUUUGAGGAUUUAAAAAAAUAAUGUUCAUCAUACUACAAUGUGUUCUUGCUUUGACUCAUUAAAAUGCAGAUGCGAAACAGCA